UUGACGAUGCUUGUACAUAUUGUUAUAAAAAAAGGCGUACGACAGAAAGAGACAACCAACAUACGUAACCUCUCUGUCUGGCCGCCUUUUUUCGGCCACGACACUUUUCAGUAUGUAGAGAGUUCAGUGAUUAUCAUUAUUUUUUCAAUAGCAAGUGUUUAUUUUAACGUUAAAGUGUAUAUAAAGAUAUUAAAGGAAUAUACUUUUAUCGAAUUAUGAAAUGAUUCUACAUUCCAAAUAUUUUUUUUCUCUGUCAAGAAUAUAAUUGUCGCGGAUUGUCGCGGACUUUGUAUCUGUUACGAAAGCAUGAUAAGCAUGAUAAACAGGAAUUUUAAAUUAACCUCGAGAAUAAUUUGCUACGUAUCAAACGAGUAUGGCAGAGAAAGGUGCACAUUUGACUGGAACUGCGUACAUUAGGCCUUCUAUCUUUGAAAUUAUUGCACAAGAAUCUCUAGCAUCUACUCUGGAACCAGCUUUUAAAAGGAUCCUCUCGUUUUUUGUGUCUUUUAAUCCUGAAAGAUACAGAUAUAUUCUUCAAUGGGUGGAUGAAGGUUAUUUAAUUUUUAAUGUGUUUCUUCAACGAUAUUAUCUAAGGAGAUAUUCUGCAUCAUUUUCUGAAACAUUUUACGAUUUGAAGCGAGUCACAGUAGUUAAUAACGAAUUGAAGGAAACAUUAUCACAUAAACAACAAAUACUGUCAUUGAUAUUCAUUGUAACAUUUCCAUACUUAAAGAAUAAGCUUGCACAGCUUAGUUUAAGAUAUAAAUUGGAAGAAAUAGACGAUUGUGGAUCAAGAGAGAGGAGACAAAAGUUCUUCCGUAAAUGUGUUAUUAAAGGAUAUUCAGCUUUCUGUAUAACGUACGAAACUCUUGUGCUAUAUAAUUACAUACUUUAUAUAUCUGAGAAAUCGAUGUACCCAUUACCCUUGCUAAGGCUGCUAUCUGUUACUCUGACAUACGCUGAUCCGCAAUCUGCUCUUACUAUCGCUGAGUUAUUGAGAAAGAUCAAAUACAACUCAUUCACUGUUAGUGAUGGAUGGAAUAUCUUCCAAAGAAUUGUUACUGGAUCUCUUGAACUGGGAGCGUUUUUCUUACAGUUUCUUUCUUGGUGGAGCCAAGAAAAUUAUAAUAUGAAUAUCAUGAGUCUUCCAGCUCCAUCACCACCAAAGGUGCCAAAUGUAGCGCAGCAGUAUAAAGGAAUUUGUCCGCUUUGUCGUAAACCUCAUCGUAUACAUACCGUGCUUAUGAUAUCUGGUUACGUAUUUUGCUAUCAAUGUAUUUUAUCGGAAAUACGAACAAAGAAGAAAUGUCCAGUAACACAUUAUCCUGCCAAAGAAGAUGAUUUAAUACGUCUGUACAUAGAAUGAUAUAUUAUACACAAUUUAUAAUUGUAUAUAGAGAGUAUUUGGAAUUCAAAUAUUAAAAUGUUGAUCGAUAAAGAAAAAAUUUUUUUUAAA